AUGGCAAGGUCGGAGUCCACAUUGGACUUAGAAGACCUGGCAAGUCGCUACGACACCCAAGUCUUGCGCGAGUACUUGCUGGAACAGGAGGAAGGCAGUACGAGGCAGCGUCAGGGCGAGGAUGCGGAGCAAGCGACUCUGCCCGACGUGUACGAUCUCAGACAGCGCUGUUUCCGAAGGAUCCGGGUAUUGCUGGUGGUGAAUUUCAUUGCGUACUGGUCCACCUUGAGCUACUGCGGGUAUUCCUACUACCUUCGGGUCGAGGAAAUUGGCACGAAGGCACUCCCGCCAAUGGAAGUAGCCCUGGCUUGUGUCUUCCUUCUGGGCACGCAGGCCACUUUGGAAUUGGCCGCUGCCGUUUGCUUAACUCAGCCAGUUCGUCUGGGCGAUGGCAGGAGUAACACCUUCAGCAGCUGGGACGUUCUUGCGUGGCUCGCCGGUGCAGGAGCCCGUUGCUCGCUGCUGCUGGACGCACUCUGCCUGCCACUGAUGAAGCGCGGGUCCAGUUUGCUGUUUCUGCUGUCGGCCAGUACCUUUGCUUUCGCAAUCGGCGUCUUUGUCUUUGCCGUUCAGCUGCGGCUCCUGUUUGGGAUGUUCUGCAGCAGAGACCACUUCUCCUACGACAAGCCGGACCUCUUCUUCAAAGGGCGGGAUACCAGCGGGCUGAUGGAAGGCACGCCGAUUGCCGCCAGGCCGCCGGCUCACCGCGAGGAGGAGGACACUUCAGACUUGAGGCUUGGUCGAGCCAUGCCCGUCAACACCAUCAAGGCCGCGAACUUUGCGCACUUCAACGACCUGGCAUUGCUUCACCUGGUGCUAAGACGACACUACCUGCCGAUCAGCUGCCAGGAGACGCAGGAGUUCACCAUGUCCAUCACCUCCUUCUCGCGCUGCUUUUGUGAAGAUGUUGUGCAGUGUAGCCUCAAGUUCUUCUUCAUCAUGGAUUGCCAGGUGAACUUGCUGGUGCUAUUCUCUUUGCUGGUGUCGAUAGGGCAGGCAGUUGGCUCUUGCUUCUAUGCCAGCACCUCUGCGAUGGAUUUGAGGACAUCGGAGGAGGUGAGCCCGAAUGAUUGA